AUGCAAGCGGUCCAUGAAGGGCACUCUGGCCUUGAGCCGUCGGGUCUGGCAGAGACUGCCAUGAGAGACCCGUCGCUUAAGGGCCCAGCGCCCAAGAACAUCGCCUUCGAGUUGCUUUUGGAUGAAAACUCCAAGGUUCGAGCUCGGAUUCCCAUGCGUGUUCAAAUUUAUCCUCAUGAUACGACGGACUCGAUUGUGACCACGGUCAAAAAUUUCUAUGGCAUCUACGAUGGUACUGCCAGUGGGGUUAGCUUCGAGGAUGAACAUGGCAUCACCCUCAUCGCAAGGUACGAGAACCUCAAAAAUAACAGGACUGUAUAUGUACGAGUCAUUCCUAUUCAACCUUUUGGGGAUCACUUUUACAAUGGCUUCCCUGUCGAGCCUCGCAAGCGGCCCAGUCUGGCCGAACCUUUCCAGAUGGCCGAUGGCGUGGCGCCAGUGCUGGACCAGCCAUCGCGCCCUGCCUCACGCAUGGCUAGGAAGCGCAGCACUUCUCCUUCGAACAGGAGUAUGCGCAGCGCUUCUCAACAUAAGCCAGGCUCUCGAGCGGGUAACAAAAGCCGUGGCUCGAGUAUCCAUGGAGGCUUCAAUGAUGAUGAUUAUAGCGAUACAGAGAGCGCUUAUGCUCGUAGGGCUCGCAAUGAGCUCUUCGCUAGCUCUGAUAUCAGCAUGGAAAACAUACUGCAAGAUGGUCGUCGGAAACGACCCAAGUUUGACAGCUCUGUAAAUACCCCCCAACUGUUUCGCCUUUUUGAUCCAGCGCUAAUUUUCUUCUGCCUUAGGAACUCCCCUUAUUUGUUCCUCCUCAAGUGCCCCCUCACUACCUCUACCUCCUCCAUCUCUCCUCAACGUCGAUCGAUUGGUCAGGAAGGCGCUGGGUCGCCUUUCGCCCGCCCUCCCCAACGCCCAUAUAGUUAUCAACAAGCGCUUCCAUCGCCGCAAAGCUAUGGUCACAGUGAAUAUGGUACUCAAUCGGGUCGCAAUACGGUGUAUGCGACACCUGUUGUCCCCGAAAAUAAUCGCAUGCGCGACGCCUCAGGAGGCUACUCAGCUAGCCGAGUGAGUGGCCCGGGGGUAUUGCCCACACCCGAUCCCACUAUCGCAAGCUGUAUCUCUGAUGAAGAUGUCGCAAUGCAAUUGAUACGUCUCGGCGAUGCGUCCAAUUUCUCUCACGGUCGCACGUCGGCUUCAACAUUGGACGACGCCUUCAGCGGUGCUGCUGAUGCCGCCUCGUCCACUGGCGCUACCAGUGAUGGUGAAGACUUCAGUGAAGACGAGGAUGACUUGCCAGCUCGCCGCCAGAGGCUAGACUCAAGCCCAAUGCUUCCCCCUGGCACCAUUAAGCGCCAUCACAAGGGCUUGGAUGAUAUCCUCCCUAGCGCUGACAGCAGUGAUCACAGCUCAGAUGGUCUCGAUGAUGGUAUCAAGAGCGAAGGUGAAGAAGACAUCUUGUACAAGGAGUUUGCUCCCAAGUCAAAGAAGCCUAAGAGCCGCCCAAUGUCCUUCAAGGUUCGGAACCAGAAGCAGCCGUCUGCGAAGCAGGUCAAGAGCAAGAUCGCUGCCCCGGCUCCGCGCAAGCCGUCUGACAAGUCACUGCCUCCAGUGCCACCUCUCAGCCCGGCUUCUUCUCGUAAGGUCUCUGGGGGCUCGGUCAAUUUCCAGCACCAACUCGGUGCGGAUGAGGAGGACCUCUCGACCAAGCCUCGCUGCCAACGUUGCCGCAAAAGCAAGAAGGGCUGCGAUCGCCAACGUCCGUGCGGACGCUGCAAGGACGCCGGCAUUGGCAUCGAAGGCUGUGUCAGUGAAGACGAAGGAAACGGGCGUAAAGGCCGUUACGGUCGUCACAUGGGCGUUCCUGUGAAGAAGAACGGGGAAGAAAUGCUGGAAGACGAAGACGACUUCCCAGAAAUGCCAGCGACGCCUCCCAUUUCCGCGUCUAUAAUAGACAAGAACAAGAAGCGGAAGCGCUAG